AUGCUGAAACAAUUGUGCUGGUUCUCCGUUGCUCUAUUAUUUUUUGAGCCCAGUUUAGCAACAGAUCAAGUGAUGGUUCCCACUUUUGAAACGGUUUUACGAGAUUAUGGAAAGCAAUGGAUCGUCGAGUUAACAUGCAACUUCAAUGAAAUUGAAACAGUCGAAGAGGCGAGAAGAUUUACAAUGGAAGCUAUUGAUAACAAUUGGGCGCCAGUUCUGAGAAAUCCAGUUUGUGCAGGACAAGAUUCUCAGCCUUCGCUAAUGAAUCCCAUUGAUAAAGUGAAAGAGAACGCUGAGAAUUUCAUUCUUCAAAGAGAAGCUCUGAAAAUGUAUAUUUCUGAGUUACUGCAACGUGCUACAAGUUCUGGAGUACUCAAUUCUAUAGAAGCAGAAUCGGUAAUUCGGGAGAAGUUUUGGGAAGUUGAAUUACGACAACAAAUUGGUUUCGAUGUUCUGAAAGAGAAAUUUUUCAAAAAAGUGAGCGAAGACUAUUCAGAUGAAGUUCCUCGAAAACUGGAAACAAUUUCAACAGAAAUUUUGGAAACUGAUACUUUGUUGAACUCCCGUUUAUAUUGGACAUACUAUUAA